AUGUCCGGGUCAGGCGGAACACAUAGCACCCCGCCCCGUUCUCCCGCUUUCUACCACCCCGCCCCAUUCUCCAAAUUUCCAUCAUCCCGCCCUAUUCUCCCGCUUUCCAUCACCCCGCUCCAUUCUCCCUCUUUCCUUCACCCCGCCCCAUUCUCCCUCCUUCCAUCUCCCCGCCCCAUUCUCCCUCUUUCCAUCGGCUUGCCCCAUUCCCCAGCUUUCCAUCAACCCGCCCCAUUCUCCCUCUUUCCAUCACCCUGCCCCAUUCUCCCGCUUUCCAUCACCACGCCCCAUCCUCCCGCUUUCUGUCACCUCGCCCCGUUCUCCUGCAUUCCUUCACCCUGCCCCAUUCUUCCGCUUUCCAUCACCCCGCCCCAUUCUCCCGCUUUCCAUCACCCCGCCCCAUUCUCCCACUUUCCAUCACCCCAACCCAUUCUCCCGCUAUCCAUCACCUUGCCCCAUUCUCCCGCUUUCAAUCACCCCGCCCCAUUCUCCCGCUUUCCAUCACCCCGCCCCAUUCUCCUGAUUUACAUCACCCCGCCCCAGUUCCUGCUAUCCACCACCCUGGCCCAUUCUCUCUUUCCAUCACCUCGCCCCAUUCUCCCGCUUUCCAUCACCCCGCCCCAUUCUCCCGCUUUCCAUCACCCCGCCCCAUUCUCCCUCUUUUUCACACCCCGCUCCAUUUUCCUGCUUUCCAUCACCCCGCCCCAUUCUCCCGCUUCCCAUCACCCCGCCCCAUUCUCCCGCUUUCCAUCACCCCGCCCUAUUCUCGCUCUCUUCAUCACCCCGCCCCAUUCUCCCUCUUUCCAUCACCCCGCCCAGUUCUCCCGCUUUCCAUCACCCAGCCCCAUUCUCCCUCCUUCCAUCACCCCGCCCCAAUCUCCCGCCUUCCAUCACCCCGCCCCAUUCUCCCGCUUUCAAUCACCCCGCCCCAUUCUCCCUCUUUCCAUUAUCCCGCCCCAUUCUCCCGCUUUCCAUCACCCCGCCCCAUUCUUCCGAUUUCCAUCACCCCGCCCCAUUCUCCCGCUUUCCAUCACCCCGCCCCAUUCUCCCGCUUUCCAUCACCACGCCCCACUUUCCCGCUUUCUAUCACCCUGCCCCAAUCUCCUGCUUUCCAUCACCCCGCCCCAUUCUCCCGCUUUCUAUCAUCCCACCCCAUUCUUCUGA